AUGGGAGUCGUGUCCGCGGCGACUGUUGACCCACCUCUGAAGGCCCAGGACUCAAGAGUCACAUGGCGCUGUAGGCGGAGCUUAGAGGAGGCAGACAUACUAACAACAUGUGUGGGCGUGUUCUUGUCAGAAGAGGGCCAACAUGAUUCACGCUUUGGCCCGCUACCUUUUCUUCCUGGCGCCUCGACCCGUGACUCCGCCUCCAAUCUUCUGUCCUUGCUGCUUCUGGUAGGGCUGCUGCGGCCUUCGUGGUGUCGGCCCGCCCACAACGUCGUCCUGUGCAACGUGCUCAGGUCCGCCGUUCCUCAUUUGGACCAGCUGGUGAAGUCGUCCGGUCACUUCCACGACCUGUCCAGCGAGCUUCUGGUGGACUUGCUGGAGGACAGAUUGGAAAGUCUUCCCGUCAUUCAGACCACUGCUGCUCAGCUGCACCUACUGAAGGUCAACGAGUCUCUCUCCCUGCUCUACGUGCACACCCGGACUUUCAAAGCGCACGUGGACUGGCUGAAGACGGUCCAAGAAAAUGUUAGUUUGGCCACCGAGGCUGCGGGGGGCGCCAGCGCUCAGCUGCUGCAGCUGGCCAACCUCAUCAAGGUGUCCCUGCACCAGGUGAAAGAGCCCGUCCCUCAGCCAAUGCGUCCCCCUUCCCUCCCGGUCGUCUCCACGGCAUUCGAGGCGCUCCGAUACUCAGUGGAGGUGUCUCAGAACUUGAAGGUCUUCUGCAGCUGGUCGAAACGAGUCGUUCGCCAUGUCCAGAAAGCAUCUCGCUGUCCUCGAAGAUGAGCCGUCUGGGCGACGGUCGAGCACGGAAGCUUCUCGCUGGAAACCACUGCUUGCACGUGUGACCUCAAGUCCCGGCAUCUCAACUUUCCCUUUUGGACACAGCCCCUGUCUUCUAUUAUCACUCAUUAUUUUCUAUCAAUUCACACAUGUUCACACUCAGCGUCAACACGACCGAGACAAGAAAGUGUACUUGAACUCACCUCCAGCGAAGCAGUUAGAGAAACAAGGGCUGUUUUCUAAAUAGCGCACUUACACUUACUGUGUACUUCAUUCCUGAGGGCUUGAUUUUCGACGGUCUUAUAUCCAUCCGUCGCGCACUUAUCGGAAAUGACCAUCGCAAUAUUUACACACUUACUCCCUGGCCUGUUGAGUGCAACAUUCAGGUACUGGCGGCGUACUGCAUUUUGUCGCACGUACGCACUCCGAAUGCUGGAAUAAUAGAGAGCAACUUCCUGGUUUACACUGAACUCCGUCACCUCAGACAACCAACAGAAUGUAUGUUUUAAUAAGGAAACUAUGUUACAUUUGCAUACAGUCGUUACGCAAAGCUGUUUGCAAUGACGGUGCCUGGAACAAUUGUGAUAUUUUUAUACUGAUGUUUAUUUAUGGCGACGCAGAGAUGCCGGCAUCUCACGUCUGAUAUUUAAUAAUUUUAUAUUAUGUAUUAUUUAUGUUUUUUUCAUGGAGUUAAUAAACAUGUUACAUAUUUAUUUGUUUGUUUAAAUUUACAUGUAAAUAAAGGACUGAGAUUUCAAA